CUCGAGGUCAAAGUUUCGUCCCGGAGCCAAGAUGAUCGCUGCGUUUUUCCCCUUGAAGAAACUGCGGCGGAAUGGCAAAUAUUUUCUGUUGGGGGCGAUUCUCCUGGUUGGAGCUUUGGCCGUCUAUGAUAUGGUUUCUGCAGGGAGGACAUGGAGCAGUGAGACUGGUCUGAAUCCCAAUGGCAGCAAAUGGAGAAGAGCCAUGCUUAACCAAGCGGGGAAAGGAAAUGACCAAGCAGACUCUGUGGAAGAUUCAGCAGCCUGGGUCUCUAGCUACACUCCACAAACGUGGAAACCAGAGUUUAAGGGACAGGCCAACCUCCACGUGUUUGAGGACUGGUGUGGCAGUUCCAUCACUGACCUGCACAGGAACCUGCACUACCCUUUGUAUCCACAUUCCAGGACCACGGUGCAGAAACUGGCCGUCUCUCCUCAGUGGACCAACUAUGGGCUCAGGAUAUUUGGUUAUUUACAUCCAUAUGCUGAUGGCGAGUUUGUGUUUGCCUUGAGCUCUGAUGACAACUCUGAGUUGUGGCUCAGCUCAGACCACUCCCCCCUCAACUUGCAGUUGCUGGCCUGGGUUGGAAAGACGGGCAAAGAAUGGACAGCCCCGGGUGAAUUUGAGAAGUUUGCCAGUCAGACCUCCAGACCAGUUAGGCUGUCUGACAAGAGGAGAUACUUUUUUGAAGUUAUUCACAAGCAAAAUGACAAAGGGACCGACCACGUCGAGGUGGCAUGGCAGCUCCUGGGCCAAAGCUUUAAAUUUACAGUGAUCGAGUCCAAGCACAUCUCUCUUUACGUUGAUGAGUCGAACUUGAUGAUGAGCGACGUCGGCCACAUACCACAGACAGCCGCGAGUCACGAACGCACCCCCUCCAAGCAGCGCAGCCCUGCUGCAGACAUGCUGAGGGAUGACCCGAGAGAUGUGUUCUAUCAAGUGCCUCUGAUCUACAAGAAGUUCCUCAAAGGUGUUCUGCCUGACUGCGUGUACAAGCCCAGCUACACUAUAAAAGACUUCCCUCUGCUCCGUUACCAAGGACUCCAGUUUGUCCACAUGUCCUACAUCUACCCGAAUGACUACACUCGGCUCACACACAUGGAAUCAGAAAACAACUGCUUCUACCCUGACAGCGCUUACUUCAAGGAGAUGUUUGGUUUCUCUAGGUACAUGAGAUUAGACCGCCCAAAUACGCAGAAAAAAGGAAGCACAGGCAGAGAUUUUGGUUUCCAGAGGAAGAUGUCGCUCCAAGAUGAAGACGGCUUUGACAACGAGGCCUACGAGAGAGAGAAGGAAGUCAGGGGGGAUCAGAUAAAUAAUGACCUUUUUGCAGACUAUGGAGUUGACUUCGAUGAUUACGUUCAGAAGCGCAGUCGCAAGCUCUUCUCCUUGGUCACCGUGAAGACUAACAACACACUGCACAACUUCUCUGAUAGAGGGCCACGCAUGCAAGAGUUUCAGAUGCAUCAAAGGGAAGGCAUAAUGUCAGAACCUCAGGAAGAACCAGGAAGGGUUGAUAACCCCCUACAGACCGUGCGAGUUUCAAAUCCCCAUGUGCAACAAAACGCAACCGAGUUAAAACCAGCAGCUCCAGUUCAAAAAGUAGAGCGAAAAAAACCUAAAAGAAAAGUUCGACCUGCAACGAGAAAUAAAGUCGAAUCAUUUGAGAAACCAGAGCAGUCGGCGCUUGCUAACAAAGAGCAGUUUAAAGCGAGGCAACAACCAGCUGCUCUGAAAGAGCAAGAGUCUCAUAAAACGUACAAUAUCCAAAUCCAAAAAGUCAAAGACUCACAGUUUCAAACCCACGACAGGGAUGCUCCCCGCCUUAAAACAACCACAACAGUCAAGGAGGAGUCCCACCCGACCAUCACGAGGCGAAACUCCAACUACUUCAUCUCUAAAACAAGUGAAACCUAUUCCAAUAAAGCUCUCAGAGAAAAAGAGAUUGAGAUGAAUAUGCCUCUUCAAGAUGAUUUAAACGGUCACGUCCGUAAAGUGACUGCUGAAGGAAAGAUGAAGAAAAGGUGGUCGGAUGAGAGAGGAGAGGGGCGUCGAAUGGGGGAGAAAGGGGACGCUGACAGAGCCGACGUAAACGUAACGGCGGAGGAGAGAAACGCUCUGUGGGAUCAACAGGAAGAGCUUCCAGAAGCGACUGAUGAUGAGGAUUCUACUCCGGCACCAGUGUUCGACACUCGGGUCUACUGGAACCAGACCUUCCAGGUGAAUCAUCUGGAUCUUCAGGCGCAGCGCUCCGAUUGGAUCGACCUGACCUGCAACGUCUCCGGAAACCUGCUGCUGCACUCCAGUGAUGCCAUACCCAUGGUCAGCGCCUUCAUGGACCAGCUGAAUGAGAAACACAAGGGGCGGUUUACAUUGGUCCGAGUUGUUAAUGUGGAGAAGCGUGUCGACGGCUUCCAGGGCAGCCGCUACCUCCUGGAGCUGGAGCUGAAAGAUGUCAACGGCCAGCUGCUGCGUCUGUCUCACUACAUCUACGUUCUGAUUCGCCACAGCAGGUCGCGCAGCAGGAACUUCGGUUUCCAGCACUUGAAACCUCAGUUGGUGCUGUGCAACCCGGUGGGCUUCCACUGGGACCCUUUGGUCAUCGUUCACUUCAUCGUUCCAGUUAAAAACCAGGCUCGAUGGGUGCUGCAGCUGAUUAGAGACAUGGAGCAGCUGUUCAGAGAAACCGGAGAUUCGAACUUUAACCUCAUCAUCACUGACUACAGCAGCACUGACAUGGACGUGAGGAAGGCCCUCGAGAAAUCCUCACUCCCCAGGUACCAGUAUGUGAAGCUGGGUGGGAACUUUGAGCGUUCUGCUGGUCUGCAAGCUGGUAUCGAUCAAAUAAAUGAUGACCACAGCAUUGUGUUUCUGUGUGACCUCCACAUCCACUUCCCUCCUUCCAUCAUUGACACAAUCAGGAAGCACUGUGUGAAGGGGCACAUGGCAUUCGCUCCUAUAGUCCUCAGGCUGGGCUGUGGCCACACACCGUCAGAGGCCAGAGGUUUCUGGGAGGUUAAUGGUUUUGGUUUGCUGGGAAUCUAUAAAUCUGAUCUGAUGGCAAUCGGAGGAAUGAACACAGAGGAGUUCAAAGACCGCUGGGGAGGAGAGGACUGGGAGCUCCUCGACAGGAUCCUCCAGGGUGGACUGGAAGUGGAGAGGAUCUAUUUGAGGAACUUUUUCCACUACCAUCACUCCAAGCGUGGCAUGUGGAACCGGCAAAUGUUAAAAAACAACAGGUGACGCACCUCGACUUUGCCACGGUUACAUCCAUGGUAACUGAAGCACUUUAAGGCUGGAUCGCAUCUCCCAUUGUGCCUUGUUUAAUAAAACGUGCUGGCUG